UACAAAAGCACACUGUAAAUAGGCGUCACAUCCUGCACCAUGGGAAAUACUGUCGAAGAAGCCAAUCCAUUUGACGUUCUCAUUGCAGAAUGUCAAGAUGACCCAAAACAAAUCCAAGCUCGAUAUGAAGCUCACCGGUCCAACCGCAAUGUCCAAUACAGAGAAAAGCUCCUCAGCCCCGAUUUCAAAGGCUGGCAGAUUGACGAUAUUCUGAAAAAGUUGCAUGCAAGCGCCAACUGCGAAACACUGCCUUUUGUCGAUCCUCGGCAUAACCUCACACUAUACGCUCGACCCCCGCAGCAUAUCCGGGACUUGGUCGCUGAGGUCCAACAGGCCAUUCGAGAAAUUGCCCCAAGCAUAUGGUUCACGCCCCCAGAGCAAUUGCAUAUGACUACAUUAGAGAUCGCCAGCUGUCGACCUGAGCCGGAGGUUGAAGGAUUGGUUUCUCAUCUCCAGGAUAGUGGCGUUGUGCCGAAGCUGGUGGAUUUUCUAUUUCAUCAUCGAACACGGCUGGUCAAGCCUAUGAUCAGUUACGAUGCAACUGCCAUGGCGCUGAGUUUUGUCCCUGCUGCUGGAGAAGAGACUACAACUGCCCACGAUGUGGACGGCGAUGGAUACACUUAUCACCAUUUGCGACGUGAUGUUUCGAGUAUUGUCACAGCGACGGGAUUACAAAUGAAGCCGAGGUAUAUUGCACUCUCAGCACAUAUUACAAUUGCGCGGUUCAUCACCCGGGACGGAUUUGUGAUAGACAACCCCGAUAAAGUGGAAGACGAAGCGGUGGACCAUGCGCGGGUGGCCGCACUGGUAGAGAGGGUGGAGAAGAUUAAUGAGAUGCUCCGGACGAAAUACUGGUUUCGAGGAGACGGAGCCAUCUCUGGGAAAGGGGAAUGGCUUGUCGGACAGGAAAAAGGGUUGGAAUUUUGUAAAGGGACGUCUUUCUACGGCGGAGGAGAAGCCGUUGUUGUCGGCAAAGGAUUUCAGUAAAGGGUCUCUAAUU